CAGUAAGCAAUGAACUAUUUUAUUAUUUACUUAAAUUGCAGGAGGAAAAAAAAGCUAAUGAUUUUAACAGUUUAAAACAAAUUAGGAGAACUAAACUUCAAACACUAUUUUCUUUCAGCUCCUCUUAGAUAUAGUGGAUAUAGUGGAAUGGUCUCUGUCUCACACAAUCUCUCUCUCUCUCUCACACACACACACACACACACACAGUUGGCUGUUGUUGGCUCGGACUGGGGUGCUGUGAGGAGAGUGGGGCUCAGUGUGACCAGGCAGAGGCCAGUGUUGCAGGCAGUGCAGGACUGUGGAGCUGCAGGGACGUGCCAAGGGUGGAUAAACCAUGCUCACAAAGUGGGAGAAAGACUCUGCCCAGGACACAAGAUGAAGGUGGAGAGGAAGACCUCUUCUACAAGUGACACUUUCACGCACAUUCCUGCACUACUGAGACUCUGUGGCCUCCUCCUCCUCCUCACAGGUGAAGUGACAGGAGUGAAUGUGACCAGCCAAGCCCAGGUGGUGAGAGGCACAGUGGGUAAAGAAGCCCUGCUGUCAGUCAGCUACUCCAGCAGCAGCUUGGACAAACCUGUGAUAAAGUGGCAGCUAAAGAGGAACAAAGAGAAACCAAUCACUGUCGUGCAGUCCAUAGGAACGGACAUCAUAGGGAACCUGAAGCCCGAGUACCGCAACCGCAUCCUGGUGUUUGAGAAUGGGUCACUGCUGCUUCACAACCUGCAGCUCUCAGAUGAAGGGGCUUACGAAGUGGAGAUCUCCAUCACUGAUGACAGCUUCACUGGAGAGCACCACACUGAGCUCACUGUGGAUGUUCCCGUGUCCAAACCCUACAUCCAGAUGAUAGCAUCGUCUGUCCUCGAGUACAGUGAGUACUUCCACCUGCACUGCUCCCAUGACAACGGUACAAAGCCAAUCUAUAGCUGGCAGAAAGGAGGCAAGGUGAUGCUCAACGACUCGCGCCUGCUGCUUUCACACGACCAAAAGGUGCUGACCAUCGCACGUGUCCUGGUCUCAGACGAUGAUGUUUACUCCUGCACGGUGGAGAACAGCAUCAGCAGCAUGAAGAGCACACCUGUCAAGAUCACUGUCUACAGACGGAGCUCGCUAUACAUCAUCCUGUCCACCGGGGGCAUUUUCCUCCUCAUCACCCUGGUGACAGUGUGUGCCUGUUGGAAACCUUCCAAAAAGAAGCAUCGACCCGUCCCUCAGAGAGCUCCUGUCUAUGUAGAGCAGAGUGAAAAUGGCCACGACGUUGAUGUUGUGCCCAAACCAACUACACUUGGAAGAAGGAGCCCCAUGCCUCUUUAUGUUCUCAAUGAAGAUGAGACAUUGGAGCAUUUGGAAGAAUGUUCGGGCAGUGCUGCCAGCCAGUCAGAAAUCAGUUUCCCUGCUUCGUAUGUUCCGGUCCUUCCCCCUUCCUCAAACAGAACUGAACGGCCCGUCUGGUCCGCUCCACGCCGGUACCCCCGCAGCCCCUCUCCACUGGCACAACCUCUCCCACAGCCCCUGCCAGGCCCUCCACUACGCCCAGUCCGCUCACCUGCUCACUCCCCCGGUUCAUCUCCUCGCGGUUUCAGCCCAAUCAGAAAGGUGCGUCCUCCGGUAGGUAUCCCAAGCAGCCAUCUGCCCGUGGAGGUAGAAUGUUCAGACACCAGCGAUCAGACUCACUGUCCAUCCCAACAAUGAUGACGGCACGUUUCUCAACACUCCUGAGAAUUCUGCUGUCAUGCUGUGAUCUGUAAAGUACAUGUAUAGUUUCUUCUUCUUUCUUCUGUUGCCUCCUGAGAAUAACAAGGAUAGUGUAACUGAUGAAAUAACUAUCUUCACAUUCCAUUAUUUAUCAUUGAUAUCUCAAUGGCUAUCAACAAUGUUUAAAUUAAAAAAAAAAACCUGAUGUCCUGUCCAGUAGAAUGUAGAAUAUUAUGCACAUGACGCUGAGACAGCAAAGUAUUCCCAGCUCUAUUAUAUACUGUUACUUUUGAUAGGUGUAUAUAUUUAAGUUAAUUGCUUUUCUUUUAAAAAAAAGAAAGAAAAAAAAGUAAACCACAAAAUGUAUUCUUAUUCUAAAUUAGGUCACUGCUUUAUAGACCAAGGUAAUAAAUCUAUUUAAAUAGUUUUUAGUUUGUCACAUGUUUUGUUAAAGUCACCCACACUUAUAUGUUGUGACUGGUUUCUUUAUGUCAUCACUAAUAUUGUACUGUACAUUUUUAUGCAUGCCACACAACUAAGUGACCUUUAAUUUGACCUGGGUUUGUGUUUGGACUGCACUUGUAUAUGAGUGUAAUUCCUGUCUUGUCCAUUAGGUGUCACCCACACAUUUACUUAAAUGUACAUUUGUCAGGAAGGGUUCCAAAAAGAUGGUUUUGCUUGAAAUUGCACAUUUCUUCCUUAAGUGUAUAGCUGUUGACAAAUGACCUUUUGGAGCGUGCGUCAAGACCCUAUUCCUUUGGCUUUACCUAAAGAAGAGAUAAACAAACAGAUGGUAACAUAAAUAAAUAAAAAAAACAACAACACACCUCUCAUCAGGGCCUCAGGCUCCUUUUGCUUGACAUUAGAAGGUCAAUGACAAUCAAAUCUCAAAUCCUUAGCUAUACUUUAAUCAUCAUUUAAAAAAGAUCUAAACAGAAAAAUAAAUAUAGGCCACAUUUAUAUCAAGAAUAGGCUGUUCUACACAAUCAGGUCUGAAUGAACAGACACCAAUCAGUCCAAUCAUUCAUCCUCUAAAUUGCUUUCUAUGAAUAGACUUUUGAUUAUAAUUUUUAUCGAAAAAUUACAUGUGGCAUAAGAGUAAUAACAGUUUAAUUCGUUGCUUAAUUAUUCACUACUUUACAUGCUUUUAUUUUUUAAGCAGCAUGACUUAAAAGAGAUUAAAGGAUGUGCUGAGCUCAAACACACACACACACACACACAGUGGCCAGGUCCAUCACUAUUAUCAAGAUAAUUUGUUCCCUUCACACAACCAGCUGGACAUCUUUUGUCCUGAAAAUCUGCAUGAUUUAGCGCUUUUGUCCCUCAACUGUGUUUUCCGUCACUGGAGGUGUGAUGAGUCUUGGGGUCGCGUAAGCAAAUCAUGCUCAUCUGUUUUGAUCCAGGCCUUGUGCUCUUUUAUGUCUUCAUCCACAAACAUUAUGGAUACGCAACAAAAGCGCUCGAGCAGGUGUCUGGAAGAGUAUAAAACACGAGAAGAAGACACACACUGUGAUAAAAACUGGGAAGAUGCUCCAACCUUAAUAUGUUAGGAUGAGUGGGAUAAAAAAAAAAAAGGCUAAAAUGAUGUGUUGAAUAAAAAUGAUGAAAACAGCAAGUAGUGUAGAGAAAAAAUUCAUAGUUAGGAAAAUGUUUGCAUUAACCCUUAAAACACGGAGCAUUUUGGCUGCUUUUUUCCAUUACUGUGUUAAAACCUACAGCCUAUACAGAGGCUAUAAGAAUGUGCGACAUGGUGUCUUAUUAACUUUUUUUCAGCACAAACUAUAGACAAUUGGAUGGGAAUUUUCACCAACUAUAUAAACACAGUAAAAAGUACUCAAAAUGUUUGAAAUCAGAUUGAACUUGUGAAAUUUGGGAAUACGUCACAGUUCGCUUUCAGUAGUUUUUAUGAACAAAAAAGAAAAUAAAAACGCUCUAUUUU